CGGUUGUUGUAUUAAACUCAGUCACUUAUCAUUCAAGUUCAUUGUGUGUCUGCCUUAAUUCACAUAUCGUGAAAGGAAACGACAUUCCGAAUUUAUAAUCUAUCCCGUAGAAAAAGUAAAGAAAGAAAGGCCGUGCCGUAGCGCUUCAUAACUUCAUUAUCGAGCGUUCAGCGUUCGCAUUUCGUGAAUCAUAUUGAAAUUAAAAAUGUGUCUGUAGACGCGAGAUCUUUUAUAGUGGUUUUUACAAUUUAUGGAUAAUCUUAAACAAUUCAAUACAAUGGCUUCAGAAGAUAAUUGGAGGACCCAAGCCUUUAGGCAGAGUGUUGUGUCGAAAAUUGAGGAGGUGAUCCAGCGUUCUGGAGUCCAAGUGGCUCGCAACAGUAGUGAGAUGGAGAACCAUGUAUUCAUGAAGGCCAAGACCCGUGAGGAGUACAUGAAUAUGGUUGCCAAACUUAUACUGCAUGUGAGAGAAAUGUCACAAUCAAAACAAAAUCAAGGUGCACCAAACAUGCAAGGCCCCAAUCAGGGUCAGCCUGGGCCUAGUCCUCAAGUCCAGGCUCCACAAGGCCAACCUCAACAAGGGCCCAACAACCAAGCUGGCCUUACACAAGACCCUAUCAAUGCGCUACAAAACUUAGCAUCACAAGGUUCGAGGAAUCAGAUGAUGACCAUGGGCCCACAAGGUCAGAUGCAGCAACAAGGCGUGAUGGGACCCAAUCCUGGGAUGCAAGGAAUGCAAAACCAAAUGAACCAGCAAGGACCAAUAGUCUCCCAAGGGCCACAAGCCCAGACAGCAACAAAUCUACUGCAAACACUAAACCAAAGGCCUCAGAUUAACAUGCAGCUUCAGAAUAAACUGGGGGGAGUCUUGGGUAUGGUAGGAAACCAAGGCCAAAUGGGCAAUAAUAUGGUAGGAGGAAUGGGUGGUAUGUCCAACCAGAUGGGCAGCCAGCUACAGAACCAACUGGCUGGUGGCAUGCAAGGGCAGAUGAUGCCCAACAUGUCUAUGCCCAAUUCAAUGCAGGUGCCCAUGAGUGGGGCCAACACUAUGGUGGGGCAGAUGCCGUGCAACCAGGUGGGGAUGGGAGGUCAAAUGGCGCCCAACAACAUGCAAGGACAAAUGUCUGGGCAAAUGGUUGGUGGUAUGGGCAACAACCAGAUAGUGGGGUUGAACAUGCUGCACAUGCAAGGCCGCGUGGGUGGCAAGCAGGAGGUGGUGGGCAGCAUGCUGGGCCGCGCGGCGCCGCCCGCGCAGUUCCUGCGGCAGAGCCCCUCGCCCUCCGCGCCAUCACCCGCCAUGCCCGGGCCCAGCCCUAUGGGUGUAAUGGGCGCGACUAUGACGUCACCUAUGUCGUCACUAGGCGGGCUGGGAGCGUGCGGCAGUGUCGGUAGUCCGUCCCCCUCGAAUCCUGCGCAUCUAGCUCAUCAUGUCCAACAGCCGCAGAGGGGCGUGGGUAUGGGCAUGGUAGCGUCGCCGUCGUCGUCGCUGAACACGCCGGUGGGCGCGGGCGUGGCGUCGCCGGGCGGGGAGGAGGCCGCCUACCGCGAGAAGGUGCGCCAGCUCUCCAAGUACAUCGAGCCGCUGCGCAGGAUGGUGCAUCGGAUGGUCAGCGAGGGCGAGAAUGUUGAGAAACUGACGAAAAUGAAGAACUUACUGGACAUCCUCUCGAACCCGAACAAGAGGAUGCCGUUGGAGACGCUCAUCAAGUGCGAGGUGGUGUUGGAGAAGCUGGACUUCAAGCGGAGCGAGGGGGUGGUCGUGCCCAGUGCUGGAAAGGAACAAAUCUUCAAUCCUUUAUUGGAAGUGGUGAACAACUGCUUGCAGUCACCGCUCGCUAACCACACGCUGAAACGCACAUUCGGAUCAGCCCUCGACGCCCUUAACGGUCCAGAGAUCAAAAACCUUCCAGUGCCGCAGAAGAUCCCGAAGCUAGAAGAGCCAACGAUGGAGAUUCCAGAUGUCUUGCAGGGUGAAAUAGCUAGACUGGAUUCUAGAUUUAAGGUGUCGCUGGAGCCGAUGUCGUCCCGCGGCGGCGGCGGCGGCUGCAUCGCGCUGGUGGCGGCGCUGGACGAGCCGCGCCUGCCGUGCGUGGCGGGCGUGCACGUGGCCGUGCCGCGCGACUACCCGCGCCGCCCGCCGCUGCGCCUGCGCCCGCGCGCCGCGCGCCCGCCCGCGCCCGACUGCUUCCUGGCGCGUCUCGAGCGGGCCAUGGACGCGCGCUGCGCCAGGCUACCAAAAAGCUGUUCAGUGGGCCAGUUGCUCGACGCGUGGGAGAUGAGCGUGCGUCAGGCGUGCGCGCCCACACCCGUCUCAUACACUCCUGUACCAGCUCUUGGACUAUAAGACAAGUGACAUAUCCUAUAACGAGAUACAUGCGAAUGUUUCUCAUGGAAUUUAAAUUAUUUUUUUUAAGUUUUUAUCGCACGAAACGAAAGUUUAAAAUUCAGAAACAGUCGUUUUUUUGGCCAAUUUUGGAAAAGUGAUUUCAACCAGAUUUGUGUAUUUUUAUCAAUGCGCUGUUAGGAAAUAAAAUAGCUAUUUCAAUGAUUAGUGAAAAAUAUUGAAAUUUAAUCUAUUUGAAAAAGGUCUUGAAUGUCCCGCUCGUUGGGUGAAAAAGAACUCCGUCUCAAGUCAGACCGGAGUUUUACGAAUAUAGAUCCUAUUUCUUACCCAAUAAGUCUUAGAUAAUGACAUUUUAGAUAAAUGAAUUUUUAAUGUCAUUAGAUAAAUGUAUUUGAAAGUGAAAACUGUUUCGAGGAUUCGACUUACAAUUGCCUUUAAUGGAAGCAAUACGAACACGUUCAUUUUAAUGAUCUAAGCUACAAGGAGUAUGAAGAAAAGCCAAGAAAGAGACAGCUAUAGUUGUGUCUCUUUCUACUCAAUCAUGGAUUAUGACAAAAGAGAUAAUAGGUACUAGGUGUAACGGAUAAACGUGGUUAUUUUUUAAAUAUUUGGCUUAGUUUAUAAAUAGUCUAAUUCCGAGACAAAAAAAUUCCAAAUAAUAAUAUUUCACAACACUCUGUAGUCUCAAACUAAGCAAAGCUUGUAUUAUGAUUAUUAGACAAAUGAUAAAGAAACUUAUGUAUGUAGUUCUAAGUAUCAUACUCCAGAAACAGAACAUAUUAUCAUCUUGUCCACUAUACAUAUAUUUGUCCUGGGUAGGAAUCGAACCCACUAUCUCCAUUAUAGCAGUCAGAGCCUCUAAACACCCGACCUACAGGCCAGUCAAUAAUAGUAACUCCCGCUAACAUAUUAUUAAAAUCAUUUUUUUUUUUCUGUAGAUAGGUUUUUAUUUCUAUUCACAGAAUUAGUAUUUAUAAGAUAACCACGUUUUUUUCCAAUAAGCCUAGAGUUCACCUAAUCUCUAUUUUACAAUUAAUUCUAGGUUAUAUGAGAUCUAGAUAAUCCUAGAUGUGUUUUAGACAAAUAUAUUAUGAAGAAUUAAAUAAAUAAUAAUUGAUCUGAUUUUCACCCUCAAGAUAUAAAAUUGAGAUUUUUGUUCCGUUAUCGUUUGCCUAUAAUAAACAUGUUAUAAUACUGGCAUUUGAUUGCCCACUGCUGGGCAAAGACUUCUUAUUUUGGAGAAGGAAUGACCAUCAAUCACUUUAUAUAACCUAAAACGAAUAUGUGAACAAAGACAAAUCGUUAAUGUAUUUUAUUGACACAGUUUUUAAUUUCUGUUAAAAAGACAAUGUUAUUUAGAAUGUUCAAGCAAAAUUAAACCUUAAAUUUAGCGCAUACGGUUCAUAACUCAUGUAAAUCAGACGAACUGUUUCAAAACAUAACUUGUCUGGGUCUGAUUUUGAACUGUAUACGAUUGUAAUAAGGUUUAAUAUUGCGUGAGUAUGCUAAAAGUUCCCAUUACAAUAUACUCUGUGUGAGACUAGUAUUAAGAAUAAAUUAACUUGAUAUUGUAUUGGAGGGAUCUUCUUUAUAAAGUCUAUAUUUUGCAGAUGUGAUAUUUAUCUGUGAUAAUUUGAUGGAAGUACAGUUACAAUUUUUAUAUGUGUCGAAUAAGAGAAUUUCAGGGGUUACGACAGCAUAGAGGGUGCAUAUAUGGUAAUCGCUUGUAAGGAGUUAGAAGUUUACUGAAAUUCUCUAAAAAAUCUUUAUCCCAUUUUAUUGCAACACAAAAACCCGGUUUUUUAAAGCACUUUUCAUUUAUUUUAAACAUUUUAUUAAAUGUGAGAUUGCAAAGUUAAUUUUGAAAUUAUCGGUCAUUUGAUUUUUGUUCUAGAAUCCUCUUUCGAAAAUAAUGUGCUAUUUGUUUUUCCUAAAUAAAAUUAUAUUCAAGCAUGGUACAAUACUUGAAAAAUAAACUCCUUAUUUUGAUUCUGUUAUUCUACUCACCAGCCCUAUUUAUUAUUAAAAAUAAAAUAAUAAUACAUAAUUAUUUGCAUCACGUCCCAUUGUGCUGAAACAUUUUAUUCGGGAUCAAUUUUUAACGAUGAAAUUGUGUACAGGCACAUACAGACAUUAUGUACAAUCGAGAACAGAAAUAUGAAAACAUUUACAGAUGUACAAAAAUAAAAUGUUCACAUUGAUAGGUAAAAACCCAAGCUAUAUUCAAGUAAUGGCCGAGCGAAACGUCGACAUUAGUUGAAAUUUUACAGAGCUAUGGCGUAGAAACAACUUUAACUAAGACGGGUAAUUAAGGUUGCAUUUGCCAAAUGCCAUGACAGAAAACUAACAGCUUUGUUGACAAGUUUGUUCAAGAUUAUGUAUACAUGAUUUUUACACACCAAUGAACAAUAUACGAAAAAAAUGAUGUACCUAUAGUUUGAAAAUGAGUUCUAUCAUCGGGUAAUUGAGUUCAUAUUUCUGAACGCGAUUGUAAUUUGUAUUUUUAUAUUUUUCCACGGAGGUCCCUUUUUUGAUGGAGUGUUAUCGAUGUAAUUGUUGUAAGUGUAUCGAGAUAAGCAAUAAUUUUCUUGUUUGUAAUUUUAAAUAAAAUGUAAGUUAACUGUA